AUGAGCGCAUUCAGUCCCGCCUUUGCCGCUUUGUGGGACUUAACGGCUACCGAUCCCUGGGUCAACAUUACUGGCAUCCAGGACCACGUGACCAACACGGGCACCGCUGGCUCGGCCCAAGCCCUCUACGUCAAGAACACUCCAUACAGCAUGGGCUACACCACGAGGUACGUCGCGGAUCAGAUUGGCGCCAAGUACGCUCUGAUGAAGAACAAGGCUGGCACAACUGUUGACUCCACCAUUGCGGCGGUGGAGUCAGCCCUCAACGAAGUGACCGACAACCUCGAGUCUGAUUACCUCGGACUCGAGGUCAUCAACGGCAACAACUCGGCAUCGUGGCCCAUAUGCAUGGUCAGCUUCGUGCUGGUGAACGUGUCGAACAACCUGCCCGACUGCUCGUACAUCAGGGCCUGA